AUGAGUGGUAGAGUUGGUGACUUGAGCCCUAAGCAGGAGCAAAAGCUGAAGGAGUUCAAAGAAAGAGUCAAGGAUAUUUUGGUGAAACCUGAACACAAUGAUUACUAUUGUCUUAGAUGGUUAAGAGCAAGAAGUUUUGAUGUUAACAAAGCUGAAACAAUGAUCAGAAAUAGUAUGGAAACUAGAAAGAAGAUGGGCUUAGACACACUAGUCACUGACUACAAAUCACCUGAGGUUAUGGAAAAGUACUACCAGGGUGGUCUAGUAGGAGAAGAUAAGAAUGGACAUCCGAUAUGGAUUGAUCCCAUUGGCAAUAUUGAUCCUAAAGGAUUACUGAAAUCUGCUCGGACUAAAGAUAUACUCUUAUCCAGAAUCCAAAUAAGUGAAAGAUUGUGGCAAGAAACAUAUCCAGCUUUGUCCAAGAAGUAUGGUCGGCGUAUUGAAGGAAUGUGCUAUAUGAUAGACUUGGAAGGACUUGGAACUAAACAUCUAUGGAAACCAGGGGUUGAUCUCUUUAAUAAGGCUAUAGCCCUUAUCCAAGACAAUUAUCCUGAGAAUUUGGUAGCCAUCUAUGUUGUUAGAGCCCCCAAGAUCUUCCCAAUCAUAUAUGCAUUAGUUAAACCAUUUAUUGAUGAAAAUGUUCGUAAAAAGAUUCAUGUACUUGGUCUCUUUAUAAAUACAUAG